AUGACUGUCCAACAACCACGACUUGAAAUCAAUGGCUCAGACGAGGAGAAUACCAUGAAAAAUGUGAAGACCAUACUGGUUACUGGAGGCGCCGGCUUUAUUGGAGGCUGGUUCGUUCGACACCUCCUUCAGGUAUACGGAACGAAAUAUACGGUACUCUGUUUUGAUAUCCUCGAUUACUGCGCAUCUAAGCGCAACCUACAACCCGUUGAACAUUUGCCUAACUUUCACUUCUUUCCGGGGGAUCUGUGCGACCGCGACAGAGUGACUGCUGUCUUCCAGCAGUUCAAAGUGGAUGCAGUUGUCCACUUCGCGGCCAAUUCUCAUGUGGACCAAUCUCUAGUUAACCCUCUCUCUUUCACUCGGAGCAACGUCACAGGGACCCAUGUUCUUCUGGAAGCAGCACGACAAGCCGGGACAGUGAUAAGGUUCAUCCACAUCUCUACUGACGAGGUAUACGGAGGAAACCUGCCAGGCCAGGACUAUGCCUUUACCGAGGAAGAUCAGCUGAAUCCCACCAAUCCGUACUCUGCUAGCAAAGCCGCUGCGGAGAUGAUCGCCAAUUCCUACCGUUAUUCCUUUCACAUGCCCAUCAUAAUAACCCGCUGCAAUAAUGUUUUCGGUCCAUGUCAGUACCCCGAAAAACUCAUUCCAAAGUUCGCGAUGCAAAUGCUACGUUCCCAGCGAAUGACUAUACAUGGUCAGGGAGAGGCAGUUCGUGGUUUUGUCUACGUCAGUGAUGCCAUGAGCGCUUUCAAUAUCAUUCUUCAUCGAGGUCUUGUAUCUGAGACGUACAAUAUAUCCUCGAAAGAGCAGAUAAAGGUCGUAGACGUUGCGAAACGAAUUAUUCAGUGGUUUCAUGCAGUCCAGAGCGACACGUGCGAACAAUAUCUGGAGACAGUCGCAGAUAGACCCUUCAACGACCGGAUGUACUGGACCGAUGAUUCCAAGCUUCGGCGGUUAGGGUGGGCGGAGAAAGUAUCCUUUAAUGACGGACUCAGAAUGACACUGGAAUGGUAUCGCGACCAUGGCGAAACAUUCUGGUCUGGACCAGGCCCAGCGUGUACAGUAAACGGGAGGCAGGGUUGA